UUCCAAACCGAGUAAAACAUUUAGGCUCGCGGUAUCUCAUGUAAACACCUGUUAAGCGGCACUGAGGUGGCCACUUCGCCUGGCCAGGGGUGUCUUCCUGACCUGGAAAAGUUACUUCAGUUUCUUCCCUUCCUCCCUCUACACCUGGGAGAGCAGUCACCAUGAGUGCCUCCCCUUCCCUGCGGCUGUCCCUGCGCCGCAAGCGGUCCACAAGGUCUGGAGAGAACAGUGGUUCACCGGCUGUCAAGAAGAGUUCCCCGAAACUUCCUGAGGCCAAGAAGGAGCCUCCAUCCACACCCAAGACGCACACCUCCCGCACCAGCAAUAGACCCCCUCGUUCUGCAUUGCGUACCUCUCCACGACUGUCUAGGGAAAGAUCCAGAGACAAUAGUGAUAAUGAAGAGAAGAAUUUAAAAACACCAGUCGGUAUCAAAUGGACACACGAGAAUGAGAAAAGCUUACGACAACCUUCCCCUGACAUGCCCUUCCUCAGCAGUCAGCUCUGUGGCACCCAGGACUGUGAGGUCGUAUGGGACUGUGACUCUCCGGGCUUUUCCAAGGAUGAUCUUAAACGCAUGCAUGGUGGUGGGGAGGCAGAUGGUUCUGAGAAAGCUGUGAUCAUCACUCCGGCUCCACCGCGUCAGCUCUUCCCACAGUCCCGCAUCAGGCCUUCCAAGGCGGCAUCCUUAUGCAACACUACUGCACAGCUCAAUGACUUGCUGGAUCUCCUGUCAAGCAAAGGGAAGGAGAAGAGAAAGAAUGAGAGUGAAGGUGACCCUCACAGCCUCCAGAAGGUAGUUCCUCCAAGGGACAGUUGUUCAGAAGACAGUUCAUCCUCUGAGGCCCUGCUACUGCCAAAGCCAUUGAGGGAUGCCUCCUCACAACCCUUUGAGGUGCCUGGAGUGUCUGGCCCUAAGAGUACUAACUACACAGCCUCCUCAAAUGACCUUGAUGUCUCAGUGUGGGGAGACAACCUGAACCUUGGCAUGUGUGAUAUAAGUGACACAAGGAGCAGCAGUGAGGGUGUUGGUAUAGUAAAAGACCAAGCAGUCAAAUCAAGGUUGUCAUCAGAGAAAGCUGAGCUCUCAAGUGCAUCAAUCGACAUCUUUGAUGAUGAUUUGUUCAGUGAUUCUGUGAUACUUUCCACGCAAGCUGUUGAGGAGGCAUUGAAUACAAAAAAUGACAAAGGCGUUACUAAUAAUAGACAUUAUUCUGGUGCUGAUUAUGCAAAAGGUCCACAACACGAAUUCAACAACCAUAAUGUUAAAGGUGAAGAAAAUAGCAGAAAUAUUAAUAGUGUUAAAAACACUAUCAAGAACAGCAACAAAUCUGAACGGAGUACCAAUAGUAAGUUAACCACAAGUAGCCUUAGUACAAACAGCAUAAACAUUAACCAGAAAAGCAGCUCCUCAGACAGCUCACCGCGGCGACAAGUGAGACGAUCGUUCAGAUUUGGGUCAACACCUACCACCACCACCAGUAAUCCUUCAGCAACUAAGAACACUCUACACACACUUGUUGCUAUACCAGAGACCCAGAAUUAUGUUAAAACUAAGGAUACAAGAUGUGAAACAAAGAAAAUGAACUUACUGCCUGCUAAAUGCCACCUUGAGAAGCAAAGUGCACAAAGCAAAAAUUUGAUGGACAGGACAUCAAAGACAUCAUCUGUCCCAUGUAAUCCAAGUCCCCAGGGAACAUUAUCCACACUAAGAAAACCUUUAUUCAGACAUGACGUAAAGGCAGAGGAAGUUAAGAACAGAAGUACUGCACAGGGAACUCGAGGACCUCUGCUGCGUUCUCAGUCCAUCGGCAACACACGCUUGGCCACUUCCUCUCCAGUGGCUCGCAGGAGUAAUAGCUCAAUGGAAUUGGACACCUCCCAGGAUUUAGAGGAUGAUGAGUUCUUCAAGUCCAUACUCUCCAUGCUCCCUGAGGAUGAGGAAGGCUUCAGUGGUGACUCCACUCUUCCUCUGUCUCCCAUCACCACAGAAAACAAAUCCAAGGGAUUUAAUUCUAGUAAAAAUGUUAAUGUUAAUGCUGGACUUGCUGUGGAAAGUAAAGUUUCUCAUAGUAUAAAGAGUAGUAGUGACAGAAGACUCACAAAUAGUGUGCCUCUUCAAAAUAAUGUUAGUAAUGGUUCAGUGAGAGCUCUUGUAAUGGGCCAGGUUAAUAUGGGUCCAGGAGCCACAAACUCUAAGGUGGAUCCCUCAGAAAGAAAAUCUGCAGCUGGUGUCCAGAGACUGAGGCCCAGUGAUACAAACUAUUCCACUACUAAAACAAAACCUCUUGAUACAAGAGAACCAAAUGCAGAUGGCAGCAAGGAGCAGCAGACCAGUGACACCUUUGAUGACGGGCUGUUUGAAGAUGACGUCCUGUCACUCAUUGAUGAAGUAGAAUCUCAGUUUGGCAGCCAGAAUGCCCCAUCACCCUCACCCAGCCCACAGUCUCAGCCCCAGCAAAUAAAAUGCACACAGGAUGAAAUUGCGCGUAAGAAAGCAGCAGCGCUACAGAGGCGGGAGGCAAAGAGAAGACAGCAGUGUAGGUAGGAACACGUGCAUGCGCUUCAUUGAGCUGAGGAUUAUGGUGCCAAAAAGUAAGUGAUGGCAGGAUCAUUACUUCCUUAUGGAUCUGAGAGGUGACGGCCAUGUUUACUUACCUCAAGACAUUCCUAGUUCUUGUUUUCCUGUAAGGCAGUGAGUGAUCCUGCUGAUGAGAGUAAUUCCAUAGCAAACACUAAGUCACUGCUUAUGGAUAUUCUAAGAUUAUGAUAACCAACCAUUGUGGGAAUUGUAGCUUACAAUUCCCCAACCAUGAUCUCUUUUUAGGUGAAGGCUUAUUUUCUUAGUUUCAAGGUAGAUAUGAAUGUAUAUAUUGUACAAAUACAUUUUUACAUUUAUUUCUUAUGUUAUUGGUAGAUAAUUUUAUCAGAUUCCAGAGUAUACUUUGCAGUGGUUGCAUGGUCACUUUUACACAGCAGCAAGAAAUUGCAUGCACCAGCACAUGCAAUUGUUUGUGUAUGAAUUCUUCUGCAUUACAAAGUGAAUGAUUGCUAAUUCACUCCUUUCAUGAACCAUAAGGCUUAUUAGAUUGGAAAUCAAGAGAUGGUGUUGAGAGAGAGAGAGAGAGAGAGAGAGAGAGAGAGAGAGAGAGAGAGAGAGAGAGAGAGAGAGAGAGAGAGAGAGAGAGAGAGAAUGUAAGCAUACUGUAUGUUUGUCAUCUCAGAAGUGGAUUUAUAGACUGCAUCAAAUUUACACCUCAGUGUCACAAUACCCAGAUGAACAGUAUCAACAAUUCCAUGCUUUAUUGAGCUGGUAAGCCAUGAAUAAGCACAUACUGGAGCCACAUGAACUAUUUCUUGUGACCAGUGCAGUGGGUGGAUCUGCUGCCAGGUCUGUGUGGGAUCUCAUGUUUGAUGAACAGCCUCACUUUGUAAGAAAUGAACAAAGCACUGUUUUCACUGUAAUAAAGGUUUUUCAUAGUCGAGUCAUUCAUAUUUGUAUUGUUUUAAUUUUCAUUUUAUGAAUGAUGUAUCAAUAACCUUAGGUUAGUAUACAGUUUUCAUGCUGGAUUACAAAACUCCCCGAGGAAAAUUAGUUAAGCUGGACAGUAUUUGAUAUCAACAGUAUGUAUUAUGCUUUAUGAAAUAGUCAAACACUGAAUUCAUGUAAACAAUUACAUGGUCAAACUUUUGUAACUACUGCAUGUAAAUAAAAUGUAAAGUAUGG